UGAAGCGAGUGUGAUGUGUUAGCUGUGAGUCAACUUGGACUUCCCAUGGACUUCCCAGUGACAGGACACAGAUCAUGCGCGUGAUAAUGUGCCAUUACAUAAGCAAUGAUGAUGACUACAGUAAGCAGAGAGGUCAGUCGAAAGCAACUAGGGCUCCUUUGUUGAUUGCAAACACACACAUACACAUGUUGUCCGGCAGGCGUAGGAGCCGCUCUUCCCUCCACGCGCGGCUCUGGCCCCAACAGUGGCCGCAUAGUUGUCUGAUGAGUCAGGAAUGUGGUUGCAUGCCUUACACAUGAGCUAUUACUGAACACAUGCCCCAGUAGAGCACAGCCAGUGCGCUCAUUCACAGACGGGAAGGGAGCGAACGAGCGAGAGGGAGGAGGCUCAACAAUAGAGAGGCAGGAGUGCGCCGAGCCAAAGUCAGAAGUGAAGAGACACACGAGAGCAAAGAGCGCGGCUGCGGCGGCAGCUGAGACACAAAGGCCCUUUCAUCCCCUUAUCUUCAGAGGAAACAUCUCCACCUCUGAUACUAGCGCUCACCUGAGCUCCGAGUGGAUUGUGUAGGUUUUCUGCGUGUCGCCUGGAUGCCCGUUGACUUGGUGAUCCCUCCUCCGCUGUGGACAGACAUGCACGAGAGCGAGAUGAGGCUGAAGAUGCGCGUCAGGCGCAUCAAAGAAGGGCGAGAUCUGAGAGGUGGCUUUGCAGCUUUCUCUUCCUGUUUUCCUGACCUGUGUGAGAAUAAACCAGCCACUAUUCUACCUAUCAGUCUGUCCCAACCCUCUUUAGCAUGCGUGACAGACUCACUGAUACAGCCGGAAUCUGCUCAAGGAAAACAGGAACUGAUGACUCAGAAUGGAAUCACCUACGUUCUAAAUGCCAGCAACACUUGCCCCAAACCUGACUUCAUCAGCGACAGCCACUUCAUGCGCAUUCCCGUCAACGACAGCUACUGCGAGAAGCUGCUUCCUUGGUUGGAAAAAACCAAUGAGUUCAUUGACAAAGCCAAGGUGUCAAACUGCAGAGUCAUCGUCCAUUGCUUGGCUGGCAUAUCCCGCUCUGCAACCAUUGCCAUUGCCUACAUCAUGAAAACUAUGGGCCUGUCUUCAGAUGAUGCCUACAGGUUUGUGAAGGACCGUCGGCCAUCAAUAUCUCCGAACUUCAACUUCUUGGGUCAGCUGCUGGAGUUCGAGAGAGGCUUGCAGAUGAAGAGGAGUCUACCCUGUGACCCUAUAAGGUUAUCAGGGAAGCCAAAUGAAAAGGUGGAGGAGGAGGUCCAGAAGAUGGAACAGCAAAGCUCAGAGAGCGAUCGCUGUGACCAGCGGACUCCGCAAGCUACAGAGAUCACCGUAAAGCCUCCAUCGCCUACAUCACUGCAGAAAGACCUAAGCUCCCUUCACCUGUCCAAUGAACGAAUCCUUCAAAACAAACGGCUCAAGUGCUCCUUCUCGCUUGACAUCAAGUCUGUCUACUCCUCGAGCCAAAACCAGCAAUCUUCUCCAAACUCCUCAUCGUCAGACUCUGAAAACAUACCCAAACUCUGCAGACUUGACAGCCUGAAGAACAGCAAUGGAGUAUGCCAGUACCCUUCAACAAUGAACCACCCAAGCCCUACGGAGUCACAGUGUACUGACGUGACUAGCAAGUCCAGGAUGAGCCAGCAAAGCGAAAGGUGGGAAAAUGGUGGCUUGGAGAGGCUAUCCGCAACAACUCUUUCCCUCAAUCUGAAGCAGGAUAACUGCGAGCCAAGACCCCAGGAGACCAACUUGAAGGCGCCUUCUUUCCUCAGUUUGCCGCUGGGUACAUCUGCUUCUUGGACCAUGCAUAGAGGCUCAAAUGAGGCCACAACCCCUAUCACACCCACGGGUGACUGCCAUUGGUUCUUAGGCACUAAUUUGGCACCAUCUGGAACAGGGAGCACCAUGCACUUUGGCAGCAGUCCUGCCUGUGGCAACUCCAAGCCCAGCAAACACCGAAGGGACAAAACGCCGGAGCCGCUGGACUUUCAAAACAAUUGGCUCGAGGAUGGGAAAGCAGUAGUGUGCAGUGUAUCGCAAGUGGACAUGAAGUACAAGCGCCGCAGCUGCCAGAUGGAGUUUGAAGAGGGUAUUAACACAACACAAAGCAGCGAGGAAUUUGGGAAGCUGGGCAAGCAAUCCAGUUUCUCUGGUAGCAUGGAGGUCAUCGAGGUAUCCUGACAAAGAUGACAAUCCAACUCCAGUGAAAGCUGUUUAUUUAUCACAGUUCUGUUCUGUUGUUAAAGAGCUUUGCAUCUAAGAGGGACUUGUCUCUGCCACCUUUUUCAAACCAGGGUUGAAAAUGGGUCAUUUAGGAUACACUAAAUAUAGCACUCACACCAAAGACCUCACGGAGUGACCUUAUUCUGGCAUGUUAUCCUAUGGUACACUCACAAUGAAGGAGGACUGACGGAGGACGUCCUUUUAGCAUGAUCAUACAAAGACACUAAACAUGAAAGAAUGAAAUGAGUGUGUGUAUGUGUGUGUUUAUGCUGGUUUUGAUGCAAAUUAGGGCUGCCACACUUAACAGUGACUUCUUACCUUCGGCCUGAGGGGGAACUGUACAGUAUGUAUGCCCAAGUUUGAGAAGAUCUGUUUAGCUAUAAAUUGAGUAAAGAAGGGCAGUUGCAUUCAAUAAUGUCCCUAUUCAGUGUUAUACUUUUUAUCAACAGUGUAAUAAAAGAGUGAAAAUAUGAAGUGUAUGUUCAAGCUGAGAUUCUCUCAGACCUACUACUGUGCACUGAGCAUGCUCAGAAUGGCUGGCUACCUA